GUCGGGUAAAGGAAGUGAGUCACACUGACGGUAAUGUUACGUCUCUGUUGCAGCAGCGGCGUGAAAAGAGCGGAGAACAAGGAAGCAACAUGUGCUGACCAUAAUAACUCCAACACAUCAGCAGCACAGGCAGCCACGAGACAAGAGACAAGAGACAAGGAGCCGAGGGCACACACAGACCUGGAUAAUCACACACUUUUUCUUUAUUGAAACUCACCAUGAAAAAAGAGGUAGAGGCUGGAGUAAACUUCCUCAAACGCCUAGCUGUGGCGCAUGGCAAGCUCAGUAAAGCCAAAGCAGAUCUGUUUUCUGAGAAGCUACAAAAGCUUUUAUGCGACAAGUAUGAUGAUCACUGGUACCCUGACUCCCCUAGCAAAGGCCAGGCAUACAGAUGCAUCCGGAUAAAUAACGGAGUACCUUGUGAUGACGCAAUCCUGAAAGCCUGUGAGGAGAGUGAGUUCACACCCAGGGAACUAGGCCUGCCAUCUGAGUUGACUGUGUGGAUCGACCCACUGGAGGUGUGUGCAAGAUCUGCAGAGAGAGGCAGGCCAUUCACAGUAGCCUGUUUUGAAGAGGAAGCUGUGGAGGGAAAGCGGACUAACUUGUCAAGGGACUCCAUAAAUCUGGACACAUCAGAUUACCACUCCGCUACCUCUUCGGAUUGUGGUUCCACUGCGUCUAGUGACACAGAGGAGGAGGCAAAAGAUGGCGAGGUGGAGUUGGAGGCGGCAGAGGACGUGAAGGCAAAGGCCAAGGCGGAGCAAGAAAAAGAAGAGAAGGAAGUUGUCAAGAAGGAUGUGGCAGAAGGCAACUCCUACACAAUAGCAAUGAUGCCCAGGAUUCGGAAGCGACAUGGAGAAGGACCACAUAAGGUCAAAUACGUCACAAAUAUGCUCCCUGCCAGCCUCCAGUACUUCUACCACCCUGCGCCUGUUUGGCCCCAGUACAAGAAGGGUGCUCCAGUGUUUAUCAACGCAGUGUGCGCGCCUCCACCACCUCCGCCCCAGCAGGUAUUUGGCUACUACAUCUUGCCCCAGCCAACACCGCAGUUCAUUCUGCCUCAGGCCACACUGCAGCCGUGGGGAGCUGUGAAAGGUUAGGCGAUCCAGGAAGUAUGGGGUGAAAGUGGGUAUAGCGUUAAAAGCUCCUUCAACUGAGCCAUCUUAGUUCUCUGAGUUCAGCUAAACCUUGGGCCAAAAAAUGAUUGUAUAGUUCAAUGUUAUUCCUUGCACAUCCUGUAAUCAUUCCUAUUUCCUUUUUGUUUCUGGUGACUAAUGUAUGGCUUUUGCUUGGCACAGAGAUAUCAUUGAACUUGAGCAAAAACCGUUAAAAACAAUGUUUCCGUUCUGCACUGUUUUUUUUAACGCACUGUACACAUUUAUAUUUAUUUCAAUCACUGGGUGCUUGGACUAACUCAGGAACUUUCAGCAAUAUCCUAUUAACCAAAUAAUUGUUUCUUCAGGUGUUAUUUUUGUUAUGUUAAUCUCUUUCUUAGUUUCUCUGACCAAAAUGAUCCUCAGUGUGUAUGUCGGAGUUAAUCAAUGUAAAGUUUGAUUCAGGGGUUUUAUUUAUGUAGCUAAAGUCGCAAUAUCUGGGAAUGAGAAGAAUAUUUUUACUAAACUGCUUGUAAAUAAUACAAAAUUUAGAUACCGUAAACUUCUGCACAGUUUUUAAUCUGUCUUUUUGUUGUAAUUUAUUUGGCCACCAGUGGAUGGCACUCAACUCAAAGUGUAUGUUUUUGUAUUAACAGUAGCUGCUGUAUUUUGCAAAUCUAACUUCACAGAACACAAAAAAGUGUCUAUUGCUUAUUGCCGUCAGUACAAUGAAUUGAAUCAGGUGUGUCUGUUUUAUGGCUACUUAUAGCUUUGUGUUUUUGAAGUUUUUAUUGUAGAUAACUUUUCUUGCAGUGAAAAUCUGUGAAGAUGUAUAAACAAUCUGUUAUAAAUUCUGAAUACAAGUUUCACUCUGA